GUUGAUAGUAAUCAUUAUGCUUCUUUUCAGAGAAGAUGAAGAACUCUCUGCUUGCAGCUAUCAUUUUAUUUGUAGCAGAUUCCUGUAACUAUUUAAGCUGGGAUUUUCCAUUUUGCAAGCAGCUUCCAGAUUGGGACAAUGAAUUGGCCUGUUAUAAAGAACUAAGUGAGGAUCUAACCUGUACCUGGCUGCCGGCACCCAGUGCUCCAAAUAGUAUUAAUUACACCUUAUUUUUAAAAUGGGAGAGAAUCACAAAGCUUUUUAGAAGAAACACUUCAUCACCUUCCAUCACAAUAGAACGAAAAAAUCUCUUCAUGAACCGUUCUGCAUCUAUCUGGAUAGCAGUGAACUAUGCUCAUGCCAGCUGUGUGAAAGGAAAGAACAUCUCAGUUACACCGAGAAAAGCAGGGAAGUGUUUGACACCAUCUAACAUAAAAGCUCAUCAGAUCACAAAGCAAUUGGUCAUAAAAUGGAACUUACCUACAACUCCUACAGAAUAUGAGUUGAGAUACAGAGAGGCACUGACAGAAGCCACUCAGUGGACAAAGGUGCCCAUAGAAACCAAUGCUGUUAACAUCACUGUUUCAAAUGCUACAUCUUCAUAUAUCAUUCAGCUCAGAUGUAUAACCAAGGAUGGUCUUCAUUGUGUUUGCAUUUGGAGUAAAGAGAUUUUGGUCCCUCACAAGCUCAUGAACAAGCCAAGAAUAUCAUAUAAUGCAACUACAGAAAUAUCAUCAGGCAGAAGAAGUGUUCUUCUUAAGUGGGAGGUAAUGCAAAGUGAGAACGCCAUUGGAUACUACAUUGAUGUUGAAAGAAUACCCAACAGUUGCUGGGAUUCACCAAAUCGCAUCAUUCUAAAGGACAGAAAGGUUCUUCUAAAUAUCUCUAUGGCUUACUAUAGGAUUCAUAUUUCUGCCUAUAACAAAGCUGGACAAUCUCCACAAACCAUCUACACUGUCCCAGAUUUCUCUGCAACAGAUUUGCCUGGCCAAAUUAAUGUUAAGCCUCACGGAACUAAUGCGGUUGUCACCUGGAAUCCAGAAUACAGUCCAAAAUGUUUUGUGGUUGACUGGGGCACUAGUAAAGAGGAUAUGCGCAUGAAAAUAGUAGCUACAGCUGCUGGAAAUUUCACGUUAGACAAUAUUAAUCCAUAUAAGUUGUACAAAAUCAUGGUGCAUGCAUCUGAUGUGUGUCAGUGUGAAAGUUUCAGAGGACAUGAAAAGACUUUCGGAGUAACCCACUUUUACUCAGUUGAAGGAGUUCCUAGGAUAGGACCCACUAAUAUAACAAUUCUAAAUAUCACAAAGCAUUCUGCAUUUGUGAAGUGGUCUCAAAUAUCUGCUGAAGACUGUAUGGGCUUUCUCCAGGGAUACAAAAUCAAAUACACAGAUUCAUCAAUGAAAAAGUUUCUGGCUGCUAGCAUCAACUCUUCUACUACAAGUUACCAUCUUACUGGACUUAAGGAAAAGACCAUCUACCGUGUAGAGAUUUCAGGAUUCACUAAAGCUGGAGAAGGAUCACCAUCUUUUUCACCACAAUUCAGUACUCUAAAAUAUGAAAAAGGAGAAUUUGAAGGUUUAAUGACUGGCCUUUGUUUCAGCAUGUUUGCUCUGGUUUUUGCACCUAUGACAUGUAUUCUGAUGCUUAAGAGGUUGAAAAUAUCAUGCUGGUCCAGUGUACCAAAUCCAAGAAAGAGCAGUGCAAUCCAAGAUAUGAGCAACUGGAAACCCAUUUCAAAAUCACUGCUUCAAACCCUGCCAGACAAUGAUACCACCAGCCUUCAUGUCAUAGAGCACGAGGAAAAGGCAUCUUUGAAGUUAGAGCACUUUACAGAUGGCAGAGAAGACAGCAAGCAUGACAUCAGAGAGUCAGAAGAACCUAGCAAUAAUAUAGGCAUAAAUAUAAUACAUAAAGAAAUCCCUGAAAAAACAAUUACAAAUGAAAAAGAUGGAAUAAUUUCCUUUACGGUACCCCUCUUGAGUGACUAUACCAGCAUGGAGUGCAGCCAGAAAGCUCUGAUAAGUCUGACAGUGAAGCUGCCUGCAAGACCUGCUCAUCCUCACCUGGAAAUGGAACUAAGUAGUAAGCCAACACAAAAUGAACAUCAAGUUUUGUUUGCUCCCCAGGACUACCUCAAACAAAGCCAGGUAGUAUUUUUGCCACCUAGACCAACUUCGGUGGCAAAAGUCGAUUUGAACUGAGGAAUCUUGAAAAAUUCAGCUUUCAAAACCUCAGGUUCAUGAAUGGAGGGCAUUAAGAGCAUAUAAGACAGUGACUUUGUGAUGAGAACUGUGCUCUAGUUCAGUGGGCAUCCUUCCUCAGAUCCCUUGGUCUGAGGAAAACUAUUUCUAGUCGUCUAGUCUAAAAACAACAAUUUCUAGUCAUCAGAAAAGCUUGCUACUUAGUACUAGCAGUGUAAGAUCUGGUUUUCAGAUAUAACAAUAAUGUUCUUCAGUAAAAAUCCUACAAAAACCACCUAACAGGACAAAGCUCUCUAGUUAGUUGAAUGAACAAAAUAGUGGGACGCCUUGAAUUUAGGAAUAGAAAAUGAUGCUUAUCCAUCUAUGGAACUUUGAUGAAUAAUCCUGAUGAAGAAAAGAUGAUAACAAGUGUUAUUAUUACCAAAGUUUUACUUGCAUUAAGGCUAUUUCUUCUUAUGUUUAUCUACACAGACAGAAAUCCAUUUAUAUUCUUGUGUGUGAUGAGGUUGCAGAUACUAUUUCACCUUGUAUACAAUAACAAAAACUGUGGAAUAAAAUUAAUGAGCUGAAUAGCUAGUUCAUUUAGUCACUCCCCAAGCUUUGCAUAGAGAAGAUGCCAUUGAAAUAUAUGAGCUCCUCUGUAUGAUAUCUAUGUGACUGCAUCAUGUAUCUCCACAACGCACUGAGUCUGAACUGCUUAGAGGGACCUCUCUCUCACCCAAAAAUUCCAUAGGCAUUAAUGGUUUGCAGUUAUUGUAGAAGUUUAUUACUGUCUUUUCUAUUCUGUGGAGCAUUUUAUUAAGAUUAUUUCAUGAAGAAAGAAGUUUAUCAAUUUCUAAGCACUGGAUGUUCCCUAGACUGACAUCUCUAAGUGAAAAGAAAAGACUCUUCUAUGUGGAGACCAUUUGAAGAGUAUACUUGCUAAACAGUCUUACCCAGACAAAAAGGGACGUGGACUAGGAGGCACGGAGUGUUGUGUCUUCAGAUUAGGGGUAGCUGUCUAAAAAUACAAGUGCAUAUAGAGAUGUAAAAAACCCUGCAGAAUACUGCCUCUAGUAACAUACAUGCAAGAUAUUUCAUUUUAUUUAGAAUACUGUGUUCAAGUGGUUUCAGCUGGUUAUACUCUUAACUUCAGUUCAGUUGGUUGCAGUUAUAUGCUCUUUAUUGUCAAGAUGUGUUACAUGAAAAGUGCAAUUGCAAACACGGGGGCUCAAGGCCAUAAACGCCAAUGUAUUUUGAAUAUAUCUUGGGGUUUUUUAGGCAGCAUACAGAAAUUCCUCCAGAUGACCAGAGUUGGCAUUAGUGAGAGUUUAGACAUUAUAAAAGCUUAAACACUUGACUGCAGGCCUGGAUGGCACACAGGCACAGUGAUUUAUAGCAUGGGAUAAGAUACUGCAGGGUUACAAGGAUCUAGUAUUUCUUAUUUACAGAGAAAUGAAUGUAAUAUCUAUUCUCUAACAUGGCCUGUGUAUUGAGCACAAGUAGAAGGUUUAAAAAAAAACCAGCAUCCAAGUAUAGGACAAUAACAAAAUAGAAGAAAAAAUUGUGAAUGCUGGAGGUAAGUGAAUUCUCACAGUGUUGAUGUAACAAAGGGUACCAUCUGGCUAUGUGACACCUUUUAAGUGGGUAAGAUAUGCAUAGAGCCUAGAUAAAGCCUAUGGCUAAAUAACUGCUUUACUGCCAGCUGUGCAAUUCGUGAUGCGCAGAAAAAGAGUGACGAAGGUGAAAAACAAAAUUGCUUUGACAUUUACAUUCUUGAACAUAAGUUCUUCUCGUUCUCACAUUUCCCAGUUUUUCUCACAUUUCUAAAGUGUCUCAAAAGCUAGGUAACAGAAAAAGAGAUCUGUGGAUGCCAAGUCAUGGCACAUUACUGAGUCAGCAGUGACUAAAAAGAGUACAGUAAUAGUAGUGAGUCAAUUAGCACCUGAAAACAGCAAAGUCAAUAUGCUGGUUUUUUCUGGUAAUGAGAGUAAAUCAAUUUUUUCUUGCGUACUUUAAUGUAUGAAUAGAAUGAACACAGAGAUACAUUUUUACACAUUUUUUACACUUGAGGGUAGAUCAGAGCAGUAACUAGACAGCACUCAAAAACAUGACAGUGUUUUUCAGAUAUGGGAAAUAAAGUCACUCAGCCUGGAACAGCAGAUUGCAGCAAUCACAAUAUUCCAGAGCGUUUUUUUUUUCCCCUCUGUAUUAACUGUCAAAUAGAAUAAUAGGAACCACCAAAUGUUAUAAAUUUGCUAAAAACCAAAGCUUUGUCAGUACUCUGACAAUCUUAAAAGCCACCUUACAGCACAAGGGCAUCUGCACUUGAACAGUCCUCUGAAGGCAAAGUACAGGAGAAGCCCAUCGACUUGAAUCAACUCCAGCUACUGCUAUAAAAAUUGUAA